AUGCUCAACGAAUCCGCGGUGAAUCUGGACGCCGGCAUUGCUACGUUCGAUGGGGAGUGCAACGUCGAAGAGAUUGAUGACGACGAGAAUGAUGGUGACGAGGAGGAGGAGGUGGUUGAGGUUGAUCCGGCUGCCGCCAGUUCUUCAUCAACGCCGAAACCACGCACGACGAACUACAGCGAGAUCGAUGAUGCCAUCUUGGUCCGUGCUUGGAGCAAGGUGGGGAUGGAUGCGUGCACCGGAGUGGACCAAGGCGGCAAGCGCUAUUGGCAGUGCAUUGAGGAUUUGUACCAGCAGCUAAAGCCUCACACCAAGAGCAUGGCCGAUAGAUCCUACCGCUCCCUUGAAGGCCGUUGGAACAUCAUCAAACCAGCUUGUUCUCGUUGGAGUGCUGCCAUGGAUCAAGUGGCCGACAACCCCCCUACUGGAUGUGUGCCGGAGGACUAUGUAAGUUUUCCUUGUUUGUUGCUAUCCAUAUUAUGUGUUGAUGAUGUGGAAACAUCACAUAGUAUUGUUGUGCAGCCCAAGUAUGCUCAAGCCCGGUACAAGGACAUGGCCGGCUCCAAGAACAAGGAAUUUCAAUUUCAUCAUUGCUUUUCCAUUCUUCAACAUCUUCCUAAGUGGAAGUUGAGGGACAACGAACCAAAGUGCAAGAAGGAGGCACUGCUCACCAUGGAUGAUGAAGCGGAGGAAAUAAGUGCAAGAAACGCCGGCAAGCCCGAGGGCAACAAGAAAGCCAAGGAGAGGGUCAAGGUAGAAGGCGAAGCAGCUAGCUUCCGGGAGAAGUUGGAUCAACUCAUGAAGUCCAAGGAGGCAUUGACGAUGAAGACAUUGGAGACCAAGCUCCUCAUCACCGAGAAGAAGAAGGCGAUGAAGCUUGCCAAGGUGGAAGCAAGGCGGGAAGAUGCCAAGUUGAAGGCCGAGCUUGACAUGAGGAUGAUCGCACUCAAAGAAGCCAAGGCCAUGAAGGAGCUCUUGGCCGAGGAGAGGGAUAUCAUGAUGAUGCGCACCAACGGCAUGGACGAGGAUCAGCUGGCGUGGUGGAAGGAGACCAAGGCGGACCGAAGAAGAAGGCUGCGCGUGAAGCUCGUGCUUCAAGUGCUCAAGGUGAGUCUCCGGCGAGUGGUGGCGCCGCUGGCGAUGGACUCCUUGAUGGUUGAUCACAUUUGGGAACUUCCGUGGCUUGAACAUUGGCCAUGA